AUGAAGGUUUUCAGCACACUGAAGACCAUGUGGACGUCCACAUCAGCACCCAAGUCUCCUGAGGCACUCGACAUCUCGGACAUCUCGGACCCCGAGCUCUUCCAGCCACAGUUUUCUUCCCAGCGCGAGGCAAGUGACGAUGACUUCGGGCAAGAGCAACUGCCGCCUCAUUUCUCUGAGGCCACCGAGGAGCUGGUCAAAUUGUUUGGCGAGAUGGAAACUGAACAGGAAAGGCUUGUUGGAGUUGUUGUGACCAUUUUUGCACAACAGUCCUUUGACGAGAAUUUCCGGCAAGUGCGACCUGAGACAGUGCCAGGUGAGAAGGUCAGUACGUACUCUCUAAGUCUUUUCGCAGUUGGAAAGUUGCACGAAUAUUUGGCUGGAACACAGGUUCCCGAAGGUAUUUGGAGCCAAUUGGUAGAAGACAUUCGUAGCGUUGCGGCUGACAGUGUAACUUUCAACUGGGAAUGCUGCGGAGCUUGCAGUGACAACGGCUUUUGCAAGGCGCGAACAUCAUCACGAAUUGCUUUGGCUGUGGCUGCUCCCACAAGUCCCAGCAUUCAUUUCAUUUCAUUUGCUUUGCAGAGUGGGUUCUCCGUGAUGUGCUCUGACUUUAGUCUCAAAGCACUCAUAGCAGAGUGGUCAGAGGAACUCUUGGGCCCCAAUCCCUUCAUCCGGCUCCGUACCAGCUGUGACUCCCAAUUUCAGCUGGAGUUCUUUCCGGAGCAGUUGAAGAAUGACGAUGUUCCGCAGCAGCUGCAAGUGGUUGGUGAACUUUGCACAAGAGAGGGCAAAGCAGUGGUGAGCGCUUUAAGUGAUACCAUUGUCUACACAGUGAACCCACACCAUGUGGACACUGAUGCCUUUCAGCUGAAAGUUCUGACGGUAAUCAGUAAUUGGACUGGUGGUUCAAUGGUUGAAGCGAUGCAAUGCGAGAUCCAGCAUGGUGAACUUAAGAAAAGAGGUGCCGCAGGCCACGUGGCUCUGACAUAUCCGUCGGGUGGGCAGCUGAUCACAAGCAUGGGCCACUGGAUCGAGCUUACUCGCAUUAACACUUCAGUGGAGUCCAUCAUGCAAGUUGCAGCGAAGAACUUCGGCCAGCUUGAGAUUUCCAAGCAACAAGCAGCUUUGAGUAGUGCCAGGACCGAAGCAGACCGGCAGAGAUGUGUUCAGGAGCUCAGCAAGCAGAUGAUUCAGAAAUCUGUGCCCUCUACAAUGAGAGGAAGGACCAAGUAUUGA